CUAUGGGAUACAAUCUUGACACUCAAUCAAACAAUAAUGAAUGUGAAUUUGGAGAAGCAGCUGUAAAAGUAUCAGAGUUAGACGCGAUGCGAAUUUACAAACCAUGGUUACACCCAGAUAUCGUAUUUUCAAUGUAUUUAAAACUCACUGGACAGGAAAAGGUCUUCGAAACAGUGAACAAAUUUCCUUUACAAGUAAUCAAGGAAAAGAAAGAUGAAUUUGACAAGAGAACAAAAGGAAUAAUAAAUGGUAAAAUAGGCGUAACCAAAAAUGACGAUGAAAAAUAUUCAAAACUGUUUUUGGACAUAUUGUUUGAACUGAACAACAAUGGUAGUGGACACUUUUCAGACUCUGAUAUUAGGGAUGAGGUGAUAACAAUUAUGAUUGCGGGCAGUGAAACCAAUGCUAUUACAAUCUGUUUUUGUCUUUUGAUGUUAGCCAUGAAUCAAGACAUCCAAGUAUAA